AUGCUGCUGGAAUCUAUUAACAGCAAAGCUUACCUUGCGGGUGAGACUAACAAGACCGCACUUGAUCAUGAAAUUCAAGAUUUGGAAUCCUAUUCAUCACUUGAACUUAAUCCACAAGAAAUAGUCCAUACAGAAGAACUUAACAGAGCAUUAUCUGCUAGACAUGUUAAUAUGAUCACCAUUGCUGGUGUCAUUGGUACUGGUCUUUAUUUGGGUACCGGUAAAAUGUUGGCCACUGGUGGACCAUUAUCCUUAUUAUUAAAUUAUAUGAUUAUCGGUUUAGUUGUCUUCUUUAUGAUGCUUUCACUUGGAGAAAUGUCGGUGCAAUUCCCAAUCUCAGGUUCCUUUACAGUAUAUGCCAAAAGAUUCGGAAACGAAUCUCUAGGAUUUGCCAUUUUGGUCAACUAUUGGUUCAAUGAUUGUUGUUCCGUUGCUGGUGAUUUAGUCGCCUUGCAAUUGAUCUUUCAAUAUUGGACUGAUUUCCACUGGUGGAUUAUCUCACUUAUAUUUUGGGUCUUUUUGUUAUCCUUGAAUGUUAUUCACGUUAGAGCAUAUGGUGAGACUGAAUAUUGGAUGGCCUUACUUAAAGUUGUCACUAUUGUUAUGUUCUUUAUUGUGUCCAUUAUUUGUAACGUUGGUAAGAAUGAAUCACACGAAUACAUUGGGUUUAAAUACUGGAGCCACGGUGAUGCACCAAUCGUGGAUGGAUUCCGUGGUUUCUGCUCUCUUUUUGUUUCUGCCGCUUAUGCUAUGGGAGGUUUAGAAUCUGUUUCUUUAACUGCAGGUGAAACUCGCAAUCCAGUCAAGGUUAUUCCUAAAACUAUCAAGGCUACUUUCUGGAGAAUCAUGAUCUUUUACGUUUUUACUGCAUUUUUCAUUGGUAUGAAUGUUCCUUAUGAUUACCCUAACUUAAUGACCAAGACCGUUGCUACUUCUCCAUUCACCAUUGUUUUCCAAAGAGUCGGUGCUAAAGGUGCUGGUAGUUUUAUGAAUGCAGUUAUUAUGACUUCUGUCAUUUCUGCAGGUAACCAUGCCUUGUUUGCUGGUUCUAGAUUAGCAUUCAAUUUAGGUACUCAAGGUUAUUUCCCAAAAAUAUUCACCAAAGUCAAUAGAUUUAAAGUCCCCUACGUUGCUGUAAUUGUCACUUGGUUUUUAUCCGGUCUUUGUUUUGGACUGGCUUUUGUCGGUGCCGGUGAAUUAUGGUCAUGGUUACAAUCCAUUGUUGGACUUUCCAAUCUUAUUUCCUGGUGGCUUAUUGGUGUUACUUCUAUUAGAUUCAGACGUGGAAUGGCAAAACAAGGUAAGACUAAACAAAUUUUGUUCAAGAACUGGACUUAUCCAUACGGUCCAUGGUUUGUUGUCAUUUUUGGAGGAUUUAUCAUUCUAGUUCAAGGUUGGUCUACUUUAUCUCCAUUCGUUACUGCUGAUUUCUUCCAAAGUUAUCUUGAAUUGAUUGUCUUCCCAAUCACCUAUAUCUUUUGGUGGAUCUUUAUGAAGAGAGGAAAAGAUAAGUUUGUUAAAGGUGAAGAUAUGGAUUUCAUUACUGAUAGAUAUAUCCAGACAGAGGAAGAAAUAAAAGAGAAAGAAUAUGCUCAAAGUUUGACAAGAUGGCAGAAAUUCAAAUACAAUUUCGUUGACAAUUUCUUGUAA